AUGGCAAAGAGAAACAAGAGAAACGGUAAACAGCGGCUGCACUCCCUCUCACUAAAAGUGCACCUCUCAAACAUUCGAGGAUUGCACUCAAAUCUCAAUGCAGUCCACCACCACCUUGAGACUGAAAAACCCGCCCUCUUAUUUCUCUCGGAGACGCAGAUAAGAUGUCCGGCUGACGUGGCGUACCUUUGCUACCCAGGGUACUCUCUGGAGCACAAUUUUAAGCCCCGUGCUGGUGUGUGCGUGUACGCCCGCGACGACAUUUGCUGUCGGCGUCUCCGAUGCUUUGAAGACCCCAACUUUUCCACGCUAUGGGUACUGGUGGAUACAGGCGUAGAGAAGAUUCUCUAUGGCUGUAUUUACCGGUCGCACAGCGGAGAUCGGGAGACCACCAGGCUCACAGAGUAUUUAAGUGAGGCGGCGGAAGCCGCUCAGCAUAAAUACCCAACUGCCCAACUAGUGUUGCUGGGGGAUUUUAAUGCGCACCACCAAGAGUGGCUAUUCCCAUACCAACACACUGACCAUGCUGGGAGAGAGAUGCGAAAACUCGCUCUGACAUUAAACCUCACUCAGCUGGUCCAAGGGGCAACGAGGGUUCCCGAUGUUGACGGCCAAACAGCCAAUUGCCUGGACCUUCUGCUGACUACCGACCCGGAUCACUACGCAGUGUCAGUGUCGUCACCUUUAGGUAGCUCUGACCACUGUCUAGUGAAGUCUGUGUCGGUAUACUCCCCACCCGACCUUAGCCCAACAGGCACUAGGCGGAUAUGGCGAUAUAAGUCGGCAGACUGGGAUGGGAUGCGCUCGUUUUUUGCAUCCUAUCCAUGGCAGCCCUUAUGCUUCUCUUCGGGUGAUCCCUCAGCAUGCGCGGAUGCUAUAACAGAUGUGCUGCGCCAAGGUAUGGAAUUCUUUAUUCCUUUUUCCGAUGCAAGCACAUCUAGCAAAGCACAACCCUGGUUUGGAGCCGAGUGCCGACGUGCUGAAGCACGGAAACACGAGGCCUUCCUUGCCUGGGCUGAUGCUCGAAACCGCAAAGCUAGUGACAUACCAGAUAAGAAGAGAGCCUAUAAUAGGGCAACCAAGUCCAGUAAAAAGGCUCUACGGAAGGCUCGAUUUGACCAUAUACGCCGGACAGGAAACAAACUAGCUGCACACCCUACAGGUAGUAAAGCGUUUUGGACCCUAGCGAAAUCAAUCGAAUCAAACUUCUGCCGCCCCUCACUACCCCCACUGCUGAAACCAGAUGGGUCACUUGCCCACACAGCUGAAGAGAAAGCGAAUUUAUUUGCUUCCAUCUUCGCUGAAUCUUCACGUCUAGAUGCAACUGGCGCAAAACCUCCUAGUCCACUAGUUUGCGAGACCUCUAUGUCGGACAUACGCAUACGCCAAACGGAGGUUCGCAAAGUGUUGCAAAACCUGGACGUGAACAAAGCAAGUGGUCCUGACGGUAUUUCAGCCAUAGUACUUAAAAACCUGUGCACCUGA